GAAGGAUCCGUUUUGGCGGGCGGUUGGCGUUGCGCAGAAGGCGGCGGUAGCGGAGGCUUGUGGUGCGGCCUCACCACAGAGGAACAGGGCUGGCGUUAGUGUGAGUGAUUACUCUCGAUCCCGGGAACUCCGUGGCCUUACUCCUUCCGGUGGAACAUUGUGCAACAUGGGCAAGAAAAGCAAGAGGACAGCGGAUAGUUCUUCUUCAGAGGAUGAGGAGGAAUAUGUCGUGGAAAAGGUGUUAGACAGGCGCGUGGUUAAAGGGCAGGUGGAGUAUCUGCUGAAGUGGAAAGGCUUUUCUGAGGAGCACAACACCUGGGAACCUGAGAAAAACUUGGAUUGUCCUGAACUAAUCUCUGAGUUUAUGAAAAAGUAUAAGAAGAUGAAGGAAGGUGAAAAUAAUAAACCCAGGGAGAAGUCAGAAAGUAACAAGAGGAAAUCCAAUUUCUCAAACAGUGCUGAUGAUAUCAAAUCCAAAAAAAAGAGAGAGCAGAGCAAUGAUAUCGCUCGGGGCUUUGAAAGAGGACUGGAACCAGAAAAGAUCAUUGGGGCAACAGAUUCCUGUGGUGAUUUAAUGUUCCUAAUGAAAUGGAAAGACACAGAUGAGGCAGACCUGGUUCUCGCAAAAGAAGCUAAUGUGAAAUGUCCACAAAUUGUGAUAGCAUUUUAUGAAGAGAGACUGACGUGGCACGCAUAUCCCGAGGACGCGGAAAACAAAGAGAAAGAAUCUGCCAAGAGCUAAAGGAAGGGUGGCCUCUGUCAUUUCUCUUUGUACAUAACACAUUCACCUCCUUGCCUCCUCUCUCUUCUGCCCACCCCCUUCUAUCCUAAACACAUCCAUAAAAGAAAAAAAAAAUGUGCUUAUCACUGUGCUCCAGGGGAGAACGUUGAGCUUGGUUCUCUUGUAACAUAACUGAUGGUCUGAUUCAUGAUCGGCGCAUCUCGGUGAAGACCAGGCAUUCACAUACUGUGUGUCAUCCCCACGAUGUUUUCCUUUGCCCUUUGCCCUAAUCUUUUCCUUCUGCUCCCCUGUGACCUCAAGAUGAAUUUUAACUUUUUAAUCACCUUA